AUGUUGGUGUCUAACGCACCGACAACAUCACAGGACCCCGCGGGCCGCCUUCGCCAGCUGCCUUUGGGCACUCGCCUCCCGUCGCCUCCGCCUCUCACGGAGGAACAGCUCGAGAGGGCCCGCACCCUCGGGGCGCAGCCCCUGCCCCCAUACCCCCGCCGCCCCCUCUCCCCUGCGUCCCUCCCUGUGUAUGGUCCCAUGACCUAUGCGGAGCAUAUGCGGAGCGUGGAGGAGCGGGCCGCGGAGUACAGAGCGUUCUAG